AGAGCCACCGUACGUCUGAGGAAACCACGAUGAAGUCCUAAAAAAAUAAAAGCUGCAGAAUAAACCAACUUUACCUAAAGACAGAUUGAGAUAUGACCCGUGCUUUCGUUUUGUUGUGACGAUUACGUCAAUUAUUUUCAACAAUUUAAGCAGAUAAAGUUAAACCUCAUUUUUGAAGCCAGUAUUGUGAUAUUUUUCAUUAACAGGUCUCCACCUCUGUGAUUGUGAAUAUAUCGGUCAAAGGGCACAUUGCAAUGGCAUUUGUAUUGAGUUCUGCCUUCAGAAAACAGGCUUUGUUGAUUCCGUUCAUGAACGCUGUUAGAGGAAUGUCUUCAUCAGGAGGACCGACACCCCCCUUCACAACCCUGUCAGUCACCCGGCCAGCUGAACCCAUCACUCACGUCGAGUUCUGCCGCCCGGAGAAACGCAAUGCAAUGAACAAGGCAUUCUGGCUUGAAAUGGUUGACUGCUUCAAUCAGAUAGCUGAGGACUCAGAAUGUCGUGUCGUGGUUUUCUCAGGUGCUGGAAAGCUCUUCACUUCAGGUAUUGACCUCAUGGGAAUGGCCAGUGAUAUUCUGCAGCCCGAAGGUGAUGACACAGCCAGGAUCUCAUGGAAUGUGCGCCGUGUCAUAACUAAAUACCAAGAGACCUUCUCUGUUAUUGAAAAGUGUCCAAAACCAGUGAUUGUGGCCAUUCAUGGAGCAUGUAUAGGAGGAGGUUAG